AUGUCCGACUCCAAGUACGAGGUCUCACAGGCCGAACAUGGCGUCCCCGCCAAGCGUGGCAAGAAGCGCGCCUGUGCCGAUCACUGCAAGCGCUUCUGGUGGCUGCACGUCCUCAUCUUUUGCUGCGUCGUCGUCCUCGUCGUCUGCCUCAUAAUCUUUGUCGGCGUCCCCAAGAUUGCCCAGAGCAAGCUGAAUGAGGCCGAGCUGCAGAUCCAGGGCGUCAAUGUCCUGCAGACCAAGCCCGACUCGUUCCUCAUGGAAAUCAACUCGACCAUCACCACUGACGGCAAGAUCCACGCCGACGUCGACGCCUUCGAGGGCACCAUGUCUCUCGACGCCGACAACGCCAAGCCCUUUGUCACCCUGCAGUUCCCCAAGACCACCGCCGACAAGUUUCAGACGGUCAACAUCAGCCAGACGGUCCAGAUCAAGGACAUGGAGGCCUUCAAGGAGUUCAACGUUGCCUUUUUCCAGCAGGAGAAGCUGCGCGUCAGGGUCCAGGGCAAGACUCGCGUCCAGCCCAAGGGUCUCGACAGAAAGUACGACGUCGACUUCAAAAAGACGCUCGAUAUCAACGGCCUCAACCUCUUCAAGGGCACAAAGGUCACGGACGGCACUGUCGACAUUAUGGCCACAAAGGGCAAGCCCAACUUUAGGGGCACCGCCGAGAUCCCCAACAACUCUCACUUCACCCUCGACAUUGGCAACGCCACCUUUACCAACUUUGCCGAUGGGCAGAACCUUGGUAAUCUCACCAUCCGCAACUUGCUCGUCCGCCCUGGCAUCAACAAGGUUGACAUCGAAGCCGAGCUGGACCAGGUCAAGGUCCUCAGCAUCGUCAGCAAGAAGCCCUACUGCGACAACGGAGUCGUUCCCUUCCAGCUGCUCGGCACCGACGUCGAGAACGGCGGCCAGAAGCUCGAUUAUUUCACCGCCACCCUCGCCAGCGCCAACCAGACCGUCGACAUUGACAUUGGCUCCAUUCUCAAGAAGACGAUCAAGGGCUUCCAAGUCUCGUGCUCCAGCAGCUAG